AUGCCCAACUUUUUCUUCCAGGGCGCUCGCGACAUCUUCAGCAAUGUCCGCCAGGAUGCAGCUCAAUCGACUCAGAGGUUCAAGGAGACUGGAAGAUUUGCAGAGAUCUACGCUGGAAUUGAAAGGUCUCAGGAGAUGGCGAUGUUGCGCAGCAUCGACGCGCUGCGAGAACAGGUGCCUCCAGGUGCCCUGCGAGAGAUCCUCUUCAGCGUUUUGCGUCGUGCAGCCCUGUCCAGCUCUCAACUGGCCAGCGCCCUCUACGACUUUGCGUUGCGCUUGCAGGCCAAAGAGCCCGCACGAAACGAGGAUACGGUGGAGAUCCAAAGCGAGCUGUGGGCAUUGGACGAAGGUCGAUGUGAGGUGAGUGCUCGGCGUUUGGGAGAGGGUGGACGAAGACCCUGGGUGAAUGCUGAUGCAGAGAUCCUCUUGGAUGAGCAGGUGCCAGCGCUGCGGACCACCUUAGCCGAGUGUGCCAAGCGGCCACUCUUUGCUCAAGUGGCUCCGGAGAUUUUGGCACGACCCACCUUUCUGACUUUGGUGCGAAUCUUUGAUGUUUUUCAACCUGCAGAGAUCCGCAAGACGAGCGAGAACAAUGCGGCUGUCGCAGGUCCUUACAGCCCAGCAGAGUUCAAUGCCAUCGAUGAGUUCUUGGAGCAGGUCACGCGGACCUCCGUGAUGCGUCGUGCCUUUCGUCACAUCACCAAGACUCUACCAAUUGUUUUGACCAGACCAUGGAAGGAAGUAUUGUUUAAGCUUUGGUUUCAAAGGCGCGACGGGAAGCCUUGCGUCUUCGAGCACGUCUUCCUCGGUAACUUGACCGAAGAUAUCUCUGGACAGCCCGUGGCCGGUGGCUUUCACUCCUGGCUGAAGUUUUACCUCGAAGAGGUGAGAGGAACAGCAAGAUAUUUGGGAUACAUUUACAACAAUGCCGAAGCUGGACUCGUGAACAGCCGGUUUGUGUCUGGAAAAUUUGUGUGGGACUACGACGGUCACAAACUGGUGAAGGACGCUGGCAAGCAUGCCAUAGACCAAGGCGGCUUCUUCAUCGGCACUUCGCCGGAGUGGCAGCUGGCCAUCGGCACGGUGGCCUACUUCGAGACCUCCACACCGGGCAUGGCGCGGCAGAAUGGGUGGAUUCCUUGGACCGGAGCCUACGAUGAAGGCUACACCAAGGAGCACCGCUGGUCGGAAACCACGCUGGAUGGGGAACGCUAUCGACAUGUGCUAUGUCGCACUGGCCACUCCAACAGCUUGCAAGAUGUCUUGGUUGAAGACAGCGGACACUUGGUGACGUCCUAUGCCAUCUAUUUGGGCCCCGAAGUGCCAAAGGACACCUCCGGCCGGCCGGGCCGCGAGCAGAUUUGCACCAGUGCUGAGUUGGCUGAGCUUUUGCCUCGGUGGUUGGUCGAGGAUGGCAUUGCUUUGCACGAAGACUCGGAUCUUAGCAAGGACGGCAAAUGCAGGGGCUCCACAUGCCUCCAGGAGUGCGUGCGCUUUUGCGUGGCCCGUGGCUGCCGAUCUGUUGCCGAGGCCUUGGUGGCCUUGCGAGAGGCAUUGAUCUUUGAUUUGGAAGAUGCGGUUGGGGCGGCGAAGGAGGGCUAUCCCAGAAUUCUCGCGCUGGUGGAAGACACCUUGGAGGUGGUGCCGGUGCUGCUACGGCACAGCGAUCAUCUCAGCGCCCAUUUGCCCAAGCUCCUAGAGAAGCUUCGCUCCCAGGGCCGCCGUGGCCCUCGACUUCAUCAACCCAUCCGGUUGCUGCUCACGGGCCGUGCGAAUGGCGCGCCAAUCGCAGAGCUCGUUUCGCUCUUGGAGCUCGCCCAAUGGCAAGGUGGGGCGAGGUCUCGGUGCUCUCGUGGGUUGGGCCUUAGCGAAAAGAUCCUAGUAGCCUCCUUUACUACUAGCUUCUUGUUACUACUAGUAAGGCACUUGUUACUGGUAGCGAUGCACUUGUUCCUAGUAGCUUAUUUUAAGAAGUUUAAUUUGAUUCUAAUUACUUAUUGUUUCUACUAGCUUCUUGUUCCUAGUAAGGCCCUUGCUCCUAGUAGCGAUGCCCUUUGUUCCUAGUAGCGUUCUUGUUCCUACCCCCCCCUCGUGGAUGAUGUUCACUAAUUCGCAUGCUUGAGGCUUGAGGCCCCUAGACCAUGAACCGGCGAAAGGCGGCUUUGAAGGAGGUUGCAUAGCCAAAACACGCACAACACAAUUGAAUACAAUUGAGGUUUGCUGGUGUCAUGCCUGGAGUCUGUGGGAAGAGUUUGGCCCUUUUCGUGUGGAAGGGCAUGGAGAUGCCUAGAUCUUUACAAGCGCAAAAAAGGGUCUGAGUAAUAAAGAGAGAGGGUACAGCCCAGUAGGAUGGCACGAUUGAAUUUGAUUGACUUUGCAUUUCCUUGGCCAGCCUUUGGAUGACUGAAAAGUCUAACCGUGACAUAUGUUGAGAUGCUCGUACUGGCAUUUGUGCCUUGGAACAUGGAAAAAGUUUCUGCAACGACGGACCCCAUAGAGGCAUGUGAUGUGCCACUAGGUCUGAAUGCCAGUUUUCUGUCCAAGUCUCGGUGUGCAUGUCAACUUCGGCGUGUGUCUGACGGUAUUUCACCGUCGCCGCUUCUCUUUGCGGGAGGAUAGGAUAGGUAUCACAUGGUAUCUCCAGUCUCAAUUUUGGUCCGUCCCCUUUUCCAGUCGGCACUUGGCACCAAAAGCUUCAGACAAGGAUGAACUCCAUGCACUAGAAUGUUGAACUGGGGCUUCCAGCCAACUCCGAAAGGAAGCUGCAACGACCGGCAGCAUCAGAUUUUUGAACCAAGGCAGAAGAACACCACCGACAGUAUGCAGACAUGCAUGCAGACAUGCGUGCAGACAUGCAUGCGGACAUGCAUGCAGACAUGCAGCGCAUUUGAUGUUCUGUAAGUGCAGGUGGUGAUGAAGCAGGUGUUCGGCUGACCGACCGGAUUGC